CGAAGAAUCGUCGCGAACGCGAUCAGUUGUCGUAUCGCGCCGGCCAACGAACGUAUCGUAUCGCGAAAUGGUUCCUUCAACCCUGAUGUCGUUGUUCCUGACGACGUUUCUCCUUGCGAUUCAGGCGUUGCCGAAGAAACCGAUUGGCCCGAUCCAGGAAGCGAUCCAGAGCGGCGUCGCGGCGGAGUACGACCGCGACAAGUGCAUCUGGAGGCGAGGAAACGAUCGAGAUUCCUGUCCCGAUCCCGAUGUCAAGGUCUACUUUUAUGCCAAGGAUCGACCUAGACGCGAACUGGACUCGAGGGAGUCCGAUUGGCUGCGACAGGAUUACGAACCGACCAAGGAGAACGUUCUUCUUAUACACGGAUACGCAGGCGGUGACGACACCCUGCCGAUUUCCGUGCUGCGCGACGCCUACCUCCGAAACGGCAGCUACAACGUGUUCCUGGUCGACUGGGGUGCCCUGUGCGCGGCACCCUGCUACCCAGCAGCCGUGGCUAACCUUCGUCCAGUCGCUCGUUGCUUGGCAGGCACCUUGACCACCUUGCGAAACCUGGGCCUGCCGAUCUCGAGGACGACCUGCGUGGGACACUCGCUUGGCGCCCACGUCUGCGGCAUCAUGGCUAACUUUCUUCUCUUCAGGAUGCAUCGGAUAAUCGGCCUGGACCCGGCCAGGCCUCUCAUGCGCCCUGGUUACGUGAAUCGUCUGGACAGCGGGGACGCGGACUUUGUCGAGGUGAUUCACACCAACGCUGGCUACUACGGGGAGAGCGGAAGAAUGGGCCACGUGGACUUCUGCGUGAACGGCGGCAAGGUGCAGCCGUUCUGCGAGGACAAGCCCAACGAUCAGCUGUGCAGCCACGUCUGGGUGGUUUGCUACAUGGCGCAGAGCAUCGACAACGGCGGUCUCGAGUCCAUGGCGGAGCCCUGCUCGAGGAGGUGCCCUUCCGGGCCAAGGAUCGCACCCAGGGCGGGCGAGUACGUGCCCAUGGGACAGCACACGCCGAUCGGGACCAGGGGGUCCUUCUGCUACACGGGCAAGCAUCCCCCUUAUUGUCCCAAGUACGGAAACGGACGGGGCGACCCGAGAUGCUGCUUGCCGGACAGGAAGCCUGUUUCUUUCUAAUGUUGACGAGAGGCUAGACUGUUGACUUCCCCUUGUACGAGAGCUUUGUCGGGGACAGAGGUGGGCAGAUGCUUCGUUUGGAUAAUAAGUGGUAGAUGAAGCCAAUGUAUAGUAAUCUUUAGCUAUCCAUUCUGGAUUUACUCGUUCUAUAUUUAUUCUACCGUUUUGUUCAAUCUAUAAGGAAUUCGAAUUUGUAUCUUAUUUGCUUUUCGGAAUUAUUUAUUUAGCUAAGAAUUUUUCUUACCUUUGCAUGACCGACUGUUUCUCGAAUAUAAGACAACCUUUUUCGUCACAUCUGCUAGACCUCUAGCAGCUCUCGUCUGAUGGAAAGUCGAUAGCAUACGUGAGCUCCGAGUUGAGGCACGACGUGACUCUUGGUGGACUACAAGCCUGUGUACAAAGUGUGAGACGAUCAGUGACCAAUUAACACUAAAGCAUCAUCUGAGUAAUGCUCGUAGUGUAAGAGAAAUCCGUUUUUAACACUCGUACAAUGAGUUUUUAUGACAGCAUAACUAAACCUUAAGUUAAUAAAAUAACGUCUUAUACUCUAAAUUAGGCAGUACUCUAAAUUAGUGUACCUAAAUCGAGUACCUACGCACGAUACCUAUCAAAAUAAACGA